AUGUUCAGUUGGCCCAUUUUCUUUGCGCGCCUGGUGGGCAUGGCCACAGCAAUCUGGUCCGCCCUCCUUUUCCUCUCCAUGUCUCGCAGCCUGCUCACGGUGUGUUCAAGGUGCUUGCCUCGAAGAGGCGGAAGCUUUUGGUUUACCUUCCUGGACUGUCACAAGGACUUGCACAUCGAGUCGGACAAGGCGCUUUGCUUCUACUCCGCAGUUCACAUCCUCGGCCACACCAUCGGCACCGUCCCUGGCGUGUUGCAGAAAGAUGUCAGCCAGCUCAACGAGAUUUUGGGAUGCGCACAAGAUGACCCGCCUUAUGCUGACAAGCCCAUGAAUUUCACUGAAGCUGCCUUUUUGACCAUGUCUGGCCUGACUGGUGUACUGUUAACCCUGGUGCUGGUGGCUCUUGCACUCACAAGUCAGCCUAAGUUCCGUGCCCUCAGGUUCGAAAUCUUCUCGAAGAUCCACACGGUGGGCAUUGUAACCUGGCCGAUCCUCUUGUUUCUGCACGACUCACAGGGGUGGGUUGGCAUCAGCAUCCCCUUAGUGCUGGUUGUUUGCGGCCUUCCCAUCCUCCUCUACGUCUCAGCUCGGCUGGACCAGCUGCUCCGCUACUACCUCAACUCCGUGUCCUGCGUGCAGUUGUGUGCCCGGGGCCUGGAAAAACCGAAGCUGAAGGCGCCCUGGUGCAACUGGAGCUCUCGCGCCCAAGGUGCCUGUGGCGUUGGAAGGGGCACGCCUCUCUCUCUUGCUUAA